AUGGUCCAAAAACCAUUCCCGAGCAACCGCGACAAGCGUAACUACUUAACGUUCGAGCUGCUUCAUCUGGAUAUCUGUGGGAUCAUGGAAAUCGAAUCGCUCGGUGGCAGCAGAGAUCUGCUACUGAUCGUCGACGAAGCCAGUGAAUGUAUGAAGGGCUUUUGUUUACGAGUGAAGUCCGAGAGUGAAGACUACAUCCGGAAGUACAUCACUAUGCUACAGACGCAGUUCAGUAUGAAGCUCAAGUUUAUUCGACACGACGGAGUCCGCAAGUUUGCAACCAGGUCGCUGUGA